UAUACAGGGCGUUCAUGCAAGUGUUUUUCAUAAAAUAAUUUGGUUAUUAAGGGGUAAGAAAAAGAAAAUGAUGAGAGUGGCAGUGGUGGGUGGUGGAAUAAGUGGAUUGGUUUCAGCAUAUGUGUUGGCCAAAGAAGGAGUGAAUGUGACUCUUUACGAGAAAGAAGAUUAUUUGGGAGGUCAUGCAAAAAUUGUGAAUGUUGAGGGUCUUGAUUUGGAUCUUGAUUUUAUGAUCUUCAACCGGGUAUCAUAUCCUAACAUGAUGGAGUUGUUUGAGAAUUUUGGAGUUGACAUGAAAUUAUCAGACAUGUCAUUUGCCAUUAGUCUCGAUGGCGGUCGCGGCUACGAAUGGGGCAGCAGAAACGGUUUGUCUGGCUUAUUUGCACAGAAGAAGAAUGUGAUCAACCCUCACUUCUGGCAAAUGCUUAGGAAUAUUAUCAAGUUUCAAGAUGAUGUUACAAGCUAUCUUGAUAUGCUUGAUAACAAUCUGGAUAUGGAGCACAAUGAGACCUUGGAGCAAUUCAUAAAGACUAGAGGUUAUUCUAAAUUAUUUGUAAAAGUAUAUCUUAUUCCAAUUUGUGGUUCUAUAUGGCCCUGCUCUUUUGAAGGAGUUAUGAGCUUUUCUGCUUUCUCAGUUUUCUCCUUCUUUCGCAAUCACCAUCAUCUUCAGCUCUUUGGAAGAUCGCAAUGGCUAACUGUUAAACGUCGCUCACACACUUAUAUUAAGAAGGUCAAAGAAGAGCUUGUUGCAAGAGGUGGUCAAGCAAUAACAAAUUGUGAGGUUGAAUUGGUUUCAACAACAGAAAAUGGAUGUCUUGUGCACUGCAAAGAUGGUUCCAAAGAAAUGUAUGAUUGCUGCAUAAUCGCAACACAUGCACCUGGCACUUUGAUUUUAUUAGGAGAGGAAGCGACAUAUGAUGAACGAAGAAUUCUAGGUGCUUUUCAAUAUGCAUAUAGUGAUACUUUUCUUCACCAUGACAAAAAUUUAAUGCCUCAAAACCCAUCAGCAUGGAGUGCAUGGAAUUUUCUUGGAUGUAACAAUAAUAACAAAGUUUGUGUGACAUUUUGGCUCAACAUUCUUCAGAAUCUUGGUGAAACAAGAUUACCCUUUCUUAUAACUCUAAAUCCAAAUCAUACACCAAAAAGUACCCUUCUUAAGUGGUCAACUAAACAUCCAGUUCCAUCAGUUGCUGCAUUCAAAGCUUCAUAUGAGCUUGAAAAAAUUCAAGGAAAAAGAGGAAUUUGGUUUUGCGGCGCUUACCAAGGUUGUGGAUUUCAUGAAGAUGGAUUAAAGUCUGGCAUGAUUGCUGCAAAUGCAGUUCUUGGAAGAUGUUGCUCCUUCCAAACAAACCCCAAACACAUGGUACCUUCCUGGAAAGAACUUAGUGCACGUUUUUAUGUGACGAGAUUCCUAAGUUCCUAUGUCAAUACCGGUUGUUUAACUUUAUUGGAAGAGGGAGGAACAAUGUUUACCUUCGAAGGAACCGAUAUGAAGUGCUCUCUAAAGUGUGUGAUGAGAAUCCACAGUCCCCAAUUUUAUUGGAAGGUUAUGACACAAGCUGAUUUAGGCCUUGCAGAUGCAUAUAUUAAUGGAGACUUCUCCCUUAUUGAUAAAGAUGAAGGUCUUUUGAAUCUUAUUUUGAUUAUCUUAGCAAGCAGAGAUUCAAAUGCAUCAAACUCAAAAUUGAAGAACAGGGGUUGGUGGACACCAAUUCUCCCUACAUCUAUUUUAUCAUCUGCAAAAUUCUCCAUUAAGCAUUAUUUAAGGAAAAAUACUCUCUCACAAGCUCGUCGCAACAUCUCUAAACACUACGAUCUGAGCAAUGAAUUGUUUGCACUAUUCUUGGGUGAAACAAUGCAAUAUUCAUGUGCAGUGUUCAAGAAUGAAGAUGAGGAUUUGAAAACUGCACAGAUGAGAAAACUAUCUCUUCUCAUUGAAAAAGCUAGAAUAGACAAGAAGCAUGAAAUUCUUGAGAUCGGAUGUGGAUGGGGAGGUUUAGCUAUUGAAAUUGUCAAACAAACUGGUUGUAAAUACACUGGUAUCACUUUGUCUAAGGAGCAACUAAAAUUUGCAAAAAGAAGAGCAAGAGAUGUUGGACUUCAGGACCAUAUCAAAUUUCUUCUAUGUGAUUAUCGCCAACUACCGAAUAUAUUCAAAUAUGAUAGGAUUAUAUCUUGUGAAAUGAUAGAAGCAGUUGGUCAUGAAUAUAUGGAAGAGUUCUUUGGUUGUUGCGAAUCAGUUUUGGCAGAUGAUGGACUUUUCGUUCUUCAGUUUUCAUCUGUCUCGGAUGAUCGUUACGAUGAGUAUAGGCGUUGUCCUGGCUUCAUUAAGGAAUAUAUUUUUCCAGGUGGAUGUCUACCCUCUCUAAGUAGGGUAAUAUCAGCCAUGGUGGCUACAUCAAAACUAUGGUACGAUUUAUAUGUUACUGCAGAAUCUAAUAACCAAGAGCAUAUCUCUUCAUUAUUCUCUUUUCUUAAUGAAGAAAUGAACUUUGUUGAAUGUAGUGUGGAACAUACUGAGAAUAUAGGAAUUCAUUUUCACCAAACAUUAAGGUGGUGGAGUAAGAACUUCAUGGAAAAGCAGAGUGAAAUUUUGGCUCUUGGGUUCGAUGAAAAGUUCAUCAAGACAUGGAAAUACUAUUUUGAUUAUUGUGCUGCAGGUUUUAAGUCACGAACACUCGAGAAUUAUCAGAUGGUUUUCUCACGGCCUAACAACACUACUACACUCAAGGAUCCGUACAGAAGCUGGUCCUCUGCAUGUUGAGAACAAGUCAUAACCCAAAAUAACGUACUCUUUUUUUUUUUGGUAAUACCAAAAUAACGUACUUUAUUGCACGAUGUUGCAAUGAACCUUCUUUAUCACAAACGGCAAAAGAUAUAUUUAUGAUAUUGAUUUACCUUCUUUGCUGGUUUGUUGCCUGCAAAGGGGAGACUGGUUAUCUCUGUGAAAAAAUAAAAGAACUACGCUUUGCAUUUUAUAUUACCAAAAGUAAAGAUUUCAUUUUAUUCGGUCUUCUUAGUACUUGUACCAUGUGGACUUUCUGUGAUGGAUUAAAAAACAAGAUUAAAUUAAAUAAUAAAUAUAUUAUUGUUGGAUAAUUACAUAAUAUCAAUGACCAUAUCCUUUUUGAAAGUCUCUUUUCUCAGUUUAACAAAAUAACCAAAGAAGCUAUAUAUUGGUCUAUUGCCACGCUCUACCUCCACUAUUAACGUACCUGAAUGGAUAUGAAUCUAAACCUUUGGUGUGUUCUG